AACCUCCAAAGCAAUCACAAACUAAGUUGGGUCCUACCAUGAAUUAUUGUUUUCUAUCUUCUCAGCAUCUUCCUUUUUGCUUCCGAAGACUGCGAAGACUUCUUUUUUCUUUUUUUGAGCUUGCAAAGUUAUUUGCUUCAAUCUAAUUGCAGCUUACAAAAAAUCUGUUUUUGCAAAUUAAUCAUUUUGCUCGAAUACUCUCUGUUGGCAGUUGUGAUAUCUGAGAGCUUCCCUUCAAUCUCAACAAAGAGGUCGAUGCCCUGAUUAUCUUUUGGAAGUUGGUUUGGUUCGUUUUUGCACGGAAAGAACAACGACAGCGAUCAAAGUGUCGGCAUAACAACUCGAGCUCAUAAGUUCAGAUUUCUGAACCUUCCCGUCAUCUCUAUUUCAACUUUGUUUUUUGAAAGACCAACUAUGGCUCUUGAACUGGUUGCUGGCGCUUUCCUCUCUGCUUCACUUGAGCUUUUGUUUUCCAAAAUGGAUUCUCGGGAGGUCGUUGAUUUCAUUCGUGGAAAGAAGAUUCGUGGAAAGAAGAUCGAAGAAGGGCUCAGGAAGUUGAAGACCAUGUUAUUGACAGCUAACCAAGUACUGAACGAUGCUGAGAGGAAACAAAUCACUGAUGGAGCUGUGAGGGAGUGGCUUCAGGAGCUCAAAGAUGCAAUCUACAAUGCAGAGGACUUGGUUUCUGAGAUCAACAAUGAAGCUUUGCGAUCCAAGCUGGAAGCUAAUCAAUCUAGAAGACGGAAAAUGCUGUUCAAGGUACGCCACUUCCUACCAUCUAGAUUCGAUGUUAAGAAAGUAGAAGAGAGGAUAGCGAAUAUCAUUAGCACCCUGCAAUUUAUUCUGGAACAAAAGGAUGGCCUUCGUUUGAUUGAAGGUGUCGAAACCAGACCUUUUCGAAGGAUAUCUGAAGCUACUUUGGUUAAAGAAUCUGAUAUUUAUGGGAGGGAUGCUGAUAAGGAAGCCAUCAUGAAGUUGCUGUUAUCUGAUCAUCAAAUAGGUGGUGAUAAAAUUUGUGUAAUUCCCAUCGUUGGCAUGGGUGGGAUUGGUAAGACCACCCUUGCUCAGCUUGUUUACAAGGAUAUUGACAACAAAGUCAUGGAGAAACCUUUUGAUGGCAAAGCAUGGAUCACAGUUUCUGAUGAAUCUGAUGUGUUUACCUUGACAAAAAUGAUUUAUCAGGCUGUUACUGGAUCAGAUAACUGCAGUACCACAGAAACAUUUCAACUUCAACAUAAACUGGAGCAGUUUUUGGAUGGAAAAAAAAUUCUCCUUGUCCUUGAUGAUAUAUGGAAUGUGAACUAUCAAACUUGGUGUGCAUUAAAGAUUCCAUUUGAUUCUGCUGCAAAUGGAAGUAAAAUCAUCAUGACAACACGCAAUGAAAACAUUGCAUCAAAGAUUGGUAAUGUCCCAAAGCAUGAACUGCAAACGAUAUCGGAUGAAGAUUCUUGGCAGUUAUUUUCAAAACAUGCUUUCAGUAGUGUAGAGCCAACAGCAUAUCCGGAUCUUCUGGAAGUAAUUGGUAGAAAAAUCAUAAAAAAAUGCAAAGGUCUACCUUUAGCAGUAAAGUCAUUAGGUGGUCUUUUGCAUUCGGAACUAGAUCCCAAGGCUUGGGAAAACAUACUAGAGAGUGAUAUAUGGGAGUUACCUCAACAAGAGAAUAAUAUUCUUCCAGCUUUAUGGUUGAGUUAUUACUAUCUGCCUCCAUGUUUAAAACGAUGUUUUGCUUAUUGCUCAAUAUUUCCUAAAGAUUAUACAAUUGAAAAGGGAAAAUUAAUUAGACUAUGGAUGGCAGAAGAUCUUUUGCAACCCCAAAGAAACAAGCCACUAGAAGAAGUUGGAAAUGAAUAUGUUAAAGAUCUAGUAUCGAGGUCAUUCUUUCAUGUUUCCUCAUUUGGUGGACUUACCAUGCAUGAUCUUCUGAAUGAUCUUGCUCAAUUUGUAUCAGGAGAAUCUUGUUUGACGUUGGAUGACAACUACUCAGGGGACCUUAUGACAAAAAAGACUCGUCAUUUAUCACUUUUGAUGUAUCAUUCCUGUGCUAUCAAGAAAUUAAGAGCUGGUUGUGAAAAUAAGGUUUUGCGCACUUUGAUACUAUUAGAUGCUGUGUUAUUCAAAGAACCAGUCGAAAAAUUUUUUCCACAAUUGCAAUCAAUGCAAUACCUAAGAGUGCUUUCUAUACCUAGAAAUCUACAUACAUGUAAUCCUCUUAGUACAAAACUGUUUGGUUCAAUUGGUAGUUUAACGCUUUUACGGUAUUUGGAUUUGUCCGGUUCUGAUAUUACAAAAGUACCUGAUAUAAUUUGUUCAUUGUACAGUCUGCAGACAUUAAUAAUGCAAUUUUGUCGUGAACUUACUCGGUUGCCAGAUACAAUUGACAAUUUGAAGUAUCUAAGGUACUUAGACUUAUCUUGUAGUGCAAUUAAAAGGAUACCUGACACGGUAUGUAAUUUGCACGACUUGCGUACUUUAAAGUUGAAUGGUUGUAGACAGCUUACUCUUUUACCAUCCAAUAUCACAAUGCUAAGCAAUUUGCAACAUCUCGACAUUGUUGGGACAAGUUUAAGAGGGAUGGCACCACAACUCUCAAACUUGAAAAGUCUGGAAAGUUUAGGACAGUUUGUUGUAGGCAAAAACAUCGAAUCCAAUAUUAAAGAGCUAGGUAAGUUUCAAAAUCUGGGUGGUAAAUUGUGCAUUACAAAUCUUGAGAAUGUAGUAAAUGUUGAAGAUGUUUCGGAGGCCAAUUUGAAGGAUAAGAAGCUUAUUCGUCAACUGAUCUUGGAGUGGAAGGGUGAUAGUACUGAAGAUUCACAUGAAGCAUGGAAGGUACUUGAGAGACUUCAACCUCACACGGCUAAUCUAGAAUAUUUGGAAAUCAGAAAAUAUAAAGGUAGAAGCUUCCCAGGUUGGAUAGGACAUCCUUCAUUCUCUUGUAUAACUUCUGUGACGCUAUCUAAUUGUAAAAAUUGUUGUUGGUUGCCACCUCUGGGACAGUUACCUUCCUUGGAAUGGUUGUGGAUUACAGGAUUUGAUAUGGUGGAGAGAAUAGGCAAUGAAUUUUUUUAUGAUGGUUUUUCUUCAGUUGACAGUAAACCAUUCAAGUCGUUAUGUAGUUUAAGUUUUUCGAAUAUGCCACGAUGGAAGGAGUGGUUAUUGAUGGGAUGUAGCAAAGAGAGUUGUGGUGGAGUUUUUUUAAAUCUCAAGGAUCUCUGGUUUUCAGAUUGUCCAGAGCUAAAUGGUGCUUGCAUACCAGAUUAUCUUCCAUCCUUGACAAGACUUUCAAUUUUUCGAAGUAGUGACGACCUGGUGGGUUCAUUAUCAAGGUGUGAAUGUCCAUCGCUUGACGAGUUGAGUUUAGAAAAUUGUCUAACAAUGAAGUCGUUUCCUCAAGGGAGAUUGCCUUCCCACAUUAAAAGUAUUCGGAUAUAUGAAUGCAGUGAAUUGGUGUCAUUGUCGGAAGAAGGUUGGCCAUGCCAUUUAAACUCACUUCAUAUCAGCUGCUGUGAAAAGGUUUUGGGGGGCAAUCUGCGGAGGCUCGUUUCUCUUACUUGUCUGUGGCUAUUAUUUCUGCCAAACCUCAAAUCCCUAGAUGGGAUGGGUUUUGGACACCUCGUCUCCCUUCGAGAAUUGUACAUUUCUUCAUGCGAUCACCUGCAAUGCCUGGUAGAAGAAGAUGAAGGGCUGCCCACCUCUCUCACUUCUAUCAAGCUCAGUAAUCUUCCAAACCUCAAAUCGCUAAAUGCCAACGCCUUUCGAAACCUUACCUCCCUUCAAAAUUUGAGGAUUACUCAGUGCGAAAAGCUCCUGUGCUUGCCAGAAGAAAGGCUGCCACAAUCUUUUUCUGUGUUGGAUAUCAGAGACUGUAAUUUACUAAUUCCACGGUGCCAGAAAGAGACAGGGGAAGAUUGGCCCAAGAUUGCUCAUGUCCCUCGCAUAAUAUAUAAACUUGAAGAUUUAGAAGACAUAUGAUGACGUGUUCUACACACGAUUGUCCAUCUUCUCUAAAAAUUUUCGGCAUCCCCUGCGAAACUGUUUUACUUCAGAUGUAAAAGUUUCCAAAGAUGGACUUUCUUAACUCAUUCAGGAAUUUACAUGAUGUAUGGCCAAAUUGUAAUUUCUUUAGAGCUAUUGGUUACCAAUCUCAGUCCCCUCGGGAUUUCAAUAAUACCAAGCUUUUACUUUAGCUUGAGGGCAGAUCUCAACUUACAACAUCUUUUGACCAUUCAGUCUUCAGCAAUUUGUUUAUUGCAGUCAGCUUCCCCUGCAUAACCGAUUUUACUUUCAAUGUUUAGGCUCUCAGAAGAUGGACUUUCUUAUCUUAUUCAGAAAUUUAAUUUAGUGUGUUUAAAGAAUAUGACAACAUUUUAUUUGCCUAGUGGGUUGCAAUUGUCAGACCCCUCUGACUGAUCUCAACAAGGCAAAGCUUCUAUUUAGUUAUGGGGGAGAUCUCCAACUUACAAAUUGCGCAACUUUCUUGGUUGCUGAUGCUGCAGUAGUACUAUUACAUUCUCUAAUCUUAUUCAAUAGCUAACGGAAUUUAAACAUGCAUUUUCAACGUACAGCAAAUGUUCCUUUUAUUUCCUUACUAAUGUUGAUGUUCUUGCUUUCCAUGCAGUAAAAGAUUGUGUAAUUGCCUUACGUUUAAGAAUGUAAUUCAGCACCUUAUAAGCGAAAAGUUUACGUCUAACUUACAUAUAUAUAUA